AUGUCUGGGAACGAUAACGUGGUGUUUCAGGAGGUCGAGCAGCUUCUUGCCAGUAGGAAGCCUUGGCCUGCGUUGUUCACGCGGGACUGCAGGCCCGGGAAUGAGUGGAACAUCUGCCCGGAGGCUAUCGGAGAGGCAUUGGAGUGGAUGGCAUUAGCCACCGUUGGCCUGCUGGACAUGGCGAGUGGGGGCCCUCUCACUCCCGUGUGCAAGGCCUUUACAAUGCUCAUCGAGGCUGCAGAAGGCGCCAUCGAGGUAGCCGAGAACCUAGAGAAGCUGGUUUCUUAGUGCUCGUUCCUAGUGGAUGUGUUCAUCGAGCACGGCCAACAGGAGGGCA